AUGGAUGUCGAGUUCAACUGCGAAGCAUCGGGAGAACCCGGCCCAUCCAUCAGUUGGUAUAAAAAUGGCGAAGCAAUUAUCGCGAGUGAAUAUUUUGUGAUAGAAGCAACCCGUUUACGGGUUCUCGGAUUAGUACGAAAUGAUCAAGGCGUAUAUCAGUGUAUCGCUGAAAAUGAUGCUGGAUCUGUACAGUCAAAUGCGCAGUUAAUUGUUGAUAGCUCCGAUUCAUUUUCUAUGGCUGCUUCAAGUGGACAGCCAAAAUUGCCAUCAGAACCGCUAGGUGUUCGUGCAAGUGUUGUUGGAAGUCGUUUUGUAGUCCUGACUUGGGAUCCUCCUGUACAACGGCAUGGUGCUGUUUUAGCUUAUCAUAUUUUCUACAAGGAACAAGAUUCUUUAAGGGAGCGAAUGUUGAAUUCAACAGCGGCAUCAUUCACGGUAACUCCUUUGCAGCCGAAUACGACCUACGUUUUUCGGUUAGCUGCGGAAAAUGAAGCUGGUAUGGGGAAAUCAAGUACACGUAUUCUUAUUACGACAGCAGAGGAAAAGGCAGUUCCUGGUAAAGUAAAAAAUUUGCGUGGCACAGCUCUGAGUCCGGAAACUGUCGAAGUGUCCUGGGAACCACCAGGCGGCAAUGGACCCGAGCCAGUGCAGUACAAGUUGUUCUAUAUCCGGAAAGAUCAUGAAGUGAAUGAAAAGGAAACACAAAUUGUGAUGAAAAAGACGUCUUAUACUCUUCAUGGCAUGGAGAAAUAUGUCGAAUAUAUCAUUCGAGUCGAAGCAGAAGGUGUAAAUGGUGCUGGUCUCAGCUCUGAACCAAUUACUGUAAGAACAUUGUCCGAUUUACCGUCACUACCUCCUAGCGACGUUAGAGCCGAAGCAAUUUCAACUACCUCCAUCCUUGUACAGUGGGUGCCAUUAUCAGCAGAAGAUAGAAAUGGUAUUCUGACUGGAUAUCGAAUAAAGUAUAAAACGAAAUUGCGUGGUGCAAAAAGCAAUACUUUAGUGAUAGAUGGAAACAACAGUUCAUACACUAUAUCCGGUCUCGAGCCUGGUACACAAUAUAUGCUUCGAGUUGCGGCUAUUAAUCAGAAUGGAUCUGGUCCAAAUUCGGAUUGGGUUCAUGUUGAUACACCGCUGGAAGAUAAAGACGAAGGACAAGUGGCUGGACCACCACUCUCGCUUAAAGUUCAGCCAUCUGUGGAUUCAAUUCAGCUUUCAUGGCUGCCACCCAGAGACGAUAGUGUUAUGAUCCGUGGUUACCUAAUUGGUUGGGGAAUCAAUAUACCGGAUGUGGACCAAGUGAAGGUGCCAGCAAGUUUACGGCUCCAUACGAUUAAUGGGUUGAAACCAGGCCGUGAUUACGUGAUUUCACUGCGUGCGUACAAUAUGAUAGGGAAUGGUUUUCCAAUCUAUGAAACAGUUCGAACUCUUUCUCCGGAAUCUAAAUCUAUGGCAAGUGGACAACAGAAUAACAAAGAUUCGGGACGAAGUGAAACACCGAUUGGUGUUAGAGCAUUGACACUUUCGUCAUCAUCGAUCCGAGUAAUGUGGACUGAUGCUGAAUUGAAUAUACCUUAUUCAAGGCAAUACACUGUACGAUACAGUUCCAGUGUUGAGAAUGGUGGGCAGCGGCGUUAUAUCAAUACAUCUGAACUUGAAGUAGUUAUCGAUGGAUUACGUCCCAAUACGCAGUACGAAUUUGCGGUACGAGUUAAUGCUGGAAAGUCCUCAUCCAUGUGGUCCAUGACUGCAGUAAAUUCCACAGCUCCAGCACCACCAUCUAGUGCACCACGUGAUUUAACCAUCAUGCAGCCAACUGAUGGUGAUCAGCAAACACUGAUACUGAAUUGGCAACCGCCGAAGUAUGCUAAUGGUGAUAUUGAAGAGUACUUGGUGUAUUAUGCAGAUCGAUCUGAUGCACCUGAUAAGGACUGGAUUCUGGAUGGGGUAAAAGGUGACCAUUUAUCAAUCAAGUUGACCAAUUUACUACCUCGACAAACAUAUUUCUUUAAAGUUCAAGCACGUAAUAUCAAAGGAUAUGGUCCGUUAUCUCCAACACUGCAAUUUGUGCCGGGUGCACCACCACCACGAUUAUUCCAGAAUGUUGACAUCGAUUUGGAAACUCCUCGUCUAGCGUUGUUUUCCACGCCAGCUUAUCUGGCAAUCAUGGCGGCAAUCGUUAUUCUGUUCAUAGUCUUGAUGAUCACCGUGAUUUGGUAUAUAAGAUCAAAGAAUAGCAAGAAAUCAACGACCGCAGGCUAUGUGCGUGGAAGGAAACAAGUGAGAAAUGGCAAAGGGCCCCCUGAUUUAUGGAUUAAUCAUCAUAGCGGUGGACACCAAAUACAUGAGCCGGAGAAUCUGAUUGAAGAAGCGCUUGCAACAUCAUUAAACGAUUUAAAUCAUUGCGAUGAUGUAAUCGAAAUGGUCGAUUCACCACGAUCUCAAUAUCUUGCUGUCCAAGCUCACUUCACCGAUCCCGAGUAUAUUGAAGCGAGAAUGACUCAGUCAGUUCAUGAUGGCAUCAUUCAACGACGACGGCCUGUGGGAAAAGCAGAGCUAAUCUCAACUCAUACCGUCAUGUCACAGAAUCCACUGCCCGGUGUUGUAACUGGUGAUUGUAAUGGUACUUUAACACGGAGUUAUCAUCAAUCAUCGACUAGCCUUGAAGGACGACAAAGAACGCCUCAAAUUGUUUAUACAAAUACAGGCCGACAUCAGGUAGCUAAAAUCGAUUUUUCUGACCAUAGCUCGACGUACAGUUCAUCUCAGGCACUUCACAUAUCGACCCCACCUCCGCCCCAAUUACCUAAUCAAGGACCGCCCGUUGCUCCACCCACUCAAUUGCUCAACAACGAUGGUUAUCGGACGUUGCGCAGAAAUUCUGUCAAUUCAAAUCCGUUAAAAUCAUUUACACAACUUGCUGGAGCACCACCACCAAUCACUCCCUCAUCAGGAUCAGGUGAGCGAAUGGCGCAUGUAGUUAGACCGCUAGUUGUUGCAUCUCCAAAUAAUAGGAACGGAAAGCCUGCUGGUGUUGUUAUUGGUCAGAAGUCAUCUCAUGUUCCUGUGGGACGUGCAACUGCACAACCGCGUGUUAACGUCAAUAAUAUUUACUCACCAUAUGCAUCUUGUGUGAUGCCGGAGAAAGCUGCAUUGCAACGUGAAAAUGUUAUUGAAGCGCAACCAUUACAGGCUUCGGCUUCCACAGAGGAACUGAAUGCGCAAAUGGAAAAUCUGGACACAAUGAUUGAUGAUUUGCAAGCGCUUCAACAUGAAUUCAGUGCAACUACAUGA